AUGAACAACCCCAACAUGCAGCAGAACGGCAUGCAACAGGGCCGGGCCUCUGCGGGCCUACACCACUUCAUCCAGCACUAUCGCCUCCAGCAGCAACAGGGCAAGAUUCCAAACGGAUGGCAACAGACAACCCAACCAGAAGAGCGCGGCCAACUUGCGCUGCAGUUCUUCACCUCGUACCGCCUACUGAAGCCAGAGCUCUCCGAGGUCGAGGUGAUGCGUUCUGCCCUCCAAUACGAGACGCAGACGUUCAUGUCGGCCGCCUCAAAAGAACAAUACGUCAACAGCAUUAAGCAGAAACUCAUGAUGAUGACAAACGCACGUCAGCAGCGCCUACAGGGCGGCGUUCCCAACCCGAUGAACAACCCGAUGAACGGAAUGAACCCUGCCCAAAUGCACAUGAUGCAAAUGAACCAGCAGGGCCCUAGGCAAGGCACUCCACAGCAGUUCAACGGCGCGUUUCCCAACGCCCAGCUCCAGCGCCCCAUGCAAGUCUCGCCUGUCCCCAUGGCUCAAGGGGGCUCUUCCAUGGGCGUCAACGGCGCCAACCCCGCCAACAUGAACCAAGGCCAAAACACCCAACAACCAAAUAUGCAGCCCAAUCAAAACCAACAGAACCGCCAGGAGCAGUUGAUCAUCAAUCAAUUUGCCAAGAAGAUUAUGGAAUCCUGCAAGGAAGAGAUCAGGGUCAAGUUUGAAGCCGACAUCCGCGCCUGGCCCGAGGAUAAGAAGCAGCAGUUGCUCGCUCAGGGCAUCAAUCCUCUGUUUCUCCGAUUCCGACAACACGCCGAAAUGCUCUAUCGACGAGGCGCCCUCAACCAGCAGGUUCCUGGCCAGAAUGCCGGAGCGAUGCAAGGCGCUGCCCAGCCAAACCGGAUCCAAGGCCAGCAGAUGACUAUGAACCAGCGCCAGCCCAACCAGGAGUUUGACUUUACUGAGAUUGCAAACCGCCAGAUGGAGGCCAUGCGCAGUCAGGACCAAGGCAACACUGUCGUUCCCGCAAGCAACAACCCUAACAACGCCGGCCAGAUGGGCGGUUUCCAGGCUCAAAACUCCCAGCCGGGCCAACCCCAGAAUGUCAUGGCACAGCGUCAGGCCGAAGCCUUUCAUCGCCAGGCACAAGUCCAACAAGCACAAGCGCAUGCUCAGGCUCAGGUCCAGCAAGCACAACAAGCGCGUCUGGAGCAACAACGCCAGCAACAGGCCAUUCAGACACGUAACCAGCAGAACCAGCUACUUCAAGGUCAGAUUGGCGGCUUGAACCUGCCCCAGGGUUCGCAACAAGCGAGUCCUGCCAUGCCCAUGCUCAAUCGACCAAUGCCUCCCCCAGGGCAACCGGGCCCUCCAGGAACUCCACAGCAACAGCGCCAGCCCCAGGCUCACGUUCCGAUCAUGACUCCUCAGCCCGGCCAGGGCGACGCCAACCUGUCAGAACUCAUGCGUCAGGCGCAGCAAAGAGCCGUUGCUGUCCAACAUGCGAACCAGCCAUCGCUAUCCGAGCAAAACCGCUUGAGUAUGAUGCCAGCCGAUUUGGAUCCCAAUGCCAGGCAACAGCUCCUCAAGGUACCGGAGCACCAAUUCAGGAUGAUUCUCCAGAACUAUAUGCUCAGCCGUCGCGGCAAUAUGCAAAACGGUGCUUUCCCGCCCGGUCAACCAAACGCUGGCCAGCCAAACAUGCCCUUUAAUCAGCAGCAGCAAAUACCGCCGGGCAUGCCUGGCCAAAUGAUUGGUGGCCCUAACAUGCAAAACAUGGCGGGCCGGCCUGGUAUGAACCUCGCGCAGCAACAGCCCGGUGCUGGACCACAGCCCCCAAUGGGCGCUCAGCGUGGACCGAUGGUGAAUCAGCAACAACGCCUUCAAGCAGCUUCUAAUCUUCUCCGAGCCAACCCUGGAAUCAUUCACGCCACCGAUACCAAGCCCUUCCCUCCAAACGUCCUCAACGCCCAAAUCCGACAGAGUCUUCCCCAGGAGGUCAGGACUUGGCAGCAACUCAAGCUCUGGGCAAGUCAAAAUCCCAACCUGGUUCCGGGUGUUGACAACCAGAAAUUGCUCAUGCUUCAAGUCCUACACUUCCAAGACAUGGUGAGACAGUCCGGUGCACCUGGAGUCCAACCUCCACUACAAGGAGGCCAGGGACUCGCUCCACAGGCGCCAGCAAACCCUAACCAAGGUCCUAUGAGGAUGCCUCAGCAACAGAACAUGCAGAACAUGGCUGCCCUUCAGGUCUCGCCACAGGAACUGCAAAACUUCCGCGCGCGAAUGGCCGGUCAGCCUCAAGCCAACAUGUCGGAUGAACAACUACGGAACUUUAUGAUAUCGGUCAAGGUGAAGAGCUUCCAGCAGCAGAGACAGCAACAGCAGGCACAGUCGGCUUUGAUCAACCAACAAGCCCAGCGUAACCAAGGACAGCAGGUUCCCAUGCCGGUCCAGCAGCAGCAGCAGCCCAGCCGUACACCCACAGCGCCGCCCCCUACACAACCUACACCUCAGCCCAAGCCCGCGGCCAGGCCACCGCCACCACCACAGCCUGCGCAACCCCAUCCUGCUAACAACGCUGGAAACAAGGGCACGAAGAGGUCAAUGGAUGAGACAGAGCCCAACACCGAGCCUGCUUCUCAAGCUCCAGCAAUGGCUCCUUCGAGGUCCCAGCACGGUGACCUUACACCAGAGCAACUGACCAAACUAACCCCCACACAACAUACUCAGUACAAGGCACAGUUGCUAAAGGCUCAAGACGCGUCCAACAACAAGAUGCAACAGCAACGUGGACCCUCGCUCAGCCCUGAGGAACUGAAGCAAAGAAUGAUGGACCCGGUAAGGAACAGGCAGUACAAGCAGAUGGCAGAGGAAGUCGAGAAGAGCCUCCCGCCCAGGCCCACCGUGCAAUUGCCCCCGCAGCUACGAUUGCCUCUACAAAGAUCAAUCAAGGAGAACUUUGCACGACUGAAGGGUGUCGAGCAAGCACUGCGUAUAUUCCAUGCCUCCUACGACACCCCCGAGCCCGAACCGGUCAUCCGCCAAAUUAUGCGAUCACGCGCGCUUCUGUUCCAGCAGAUGAACGAGGCCGACGGUACGCUCCACCCUCAGGUCACGUUGACAGUGGACGAGUUCAAGAACCACAUGGGGGCGACGAUCAAGUUUAGCUUCAAGAUCAUGGAGAAGGUGAGGCAGCAAGCGCAGGGUCAGAGUUCGGCUGCUCAGCAGCCCCAGUCCCAGGGUUCGACUGCCCCCGCCCAACUUAAUGCCGCGAAUCUGAAGAUCGUAGAACAACAAAACCGCAACCAGAAGGCUCCUUCUGCGCCCACCACCGACCGACCGCCAUUCGCCAUUGGCGCAGACUCCGGUCACGGCGCAGCGCACUACUUUGAGGGGGCGAGACCGGUCACGAACCUCGUCUUGCCGGAGAAGAAGCGCGCGAAGCUCGAAGCAGGUAGUCAGUCGUCCACUCCUGGGGCCAAAGCCUCUCCACGAAUUGGCUCAGGUGCGAGUAACUCCCCAGAGCUCAGAAGACAGCCACCCCCUGAGAAGCAACUACCACAACGACCGACAUUCCGAUGCAACGAUGCGGGCUGCGAGUACUCUGUACGAGGCUUCGACACCCAGGCUGAACUGGAGACGCACAGCCAGAUCCAUGCCAAGAUUGAGAACCCUCUUCAGUUUGCGCUGGACUCCAUGGCCGACUAUCUUGACGUUGACCAGAAGACGGGCGAAGCAAAGAUCAACCCCAAUGCCGCGAAGCAGGCUCCAAAGCCCGCGCCUGCUGCCCCACGUCCCGCACAAGGUAUCAAAUCUGAUCAAACCCCUGGCGCCUCGCACAAUGCUACCACACCUGCUGGCCAGCAGGCACCGGCCAUGGUGCGCGUGCCAACACAAACAGGUGUCAAGGACUCGCCGUCUGCGAAUCUGCUCAAGACGCCCCAGGCAAUGACCAAGGUGGGCACUCCUGGUUCGGGUGCUCGCGGCAAGGCUACACCGGCCAGUAUUCCCAAGUCAGCACCAAAGGAGCAGCAAGUCGCAGCUCCCGAGCCUGCGGUCAAGGAGGAGGAGCAACAGCCAAUGCUACCCAUGUCACUCCUUGACUACUCCUACGAGGACACUUUUGCAGCUCUCGAUGCCAACCGUCCGUUCACAGUGCUUGAUCUCAAGGAUGAGGACAAUGCCUGGGCGCUCCGCUCGCGACCCGCAUCCCCGUCCACUACACCCGAGUCAUCAGCCAAGGACACGCCAUCCACCCGGCAGUCCGAUAUCUCCGAGAACGACAACCUGCUUAUCAAUCUCGACCUCAAGGACACGGAUAUGCCGGAUGCCUGGGCCGUGGGCAUGUACGGUGAUGCUAUCCCAAUGGACAUGCAGCUCUCCGAGGACCUACAAAGCCUUGGCGUCAUGCUCCCUCCCAUGGACAGCGAAGACAUGAUGCUUUUCCCCGAUUAUGGUCCCGGCACCAUGAUGGAUCUCGAUAUGCUCGAAAAGACAAUGGACACCCUAGGGCUCUAUUCAUGUACCUGCAACGUCUGGAUCUUUUUGUUUUGUUUUGUUUUGCUCGAUACGUGA